AUGGUGAACGACGGUUUUACUCUCUUUUUGUCUUUAUCUUUCUCUUUUUUCUCUCUUUUAUUCUUUCCUUCAAUCUUAAUCUUUCUCGCUUGCUUUCUCUUCUUUUCUCUCUUCCUCUUUUAUCGAUUUAUCUAUCUACCCAUCUAUCUAUCUCAAUUUGAUUCGCUCUAUCUCAGUGUAUUUCUUACUUUCUAUCUAUCUAUCUAUCUAUCAGUUUAUUCAUAUCAUUCUAUCCAUCUAUCCAUCUAUCUAUCUCUGUCCGUUCAUAUCUAUCUAUCUAUCUAUCUAUCUAUCUAUCUAUCUCAAUUUGAUUCGCUCUAUCUCAGUGUAUUUCUUACUUUCUAUCUAUCUAUCUAUCUAUCUAUCUAUCUAUCUAUCUAUCUAUCUAUCUAUCACUAUCCAUCUAUCUAUCUCUGUCCGUUCAUAUCUAUCUAUCUAUCUAUCUCGGUUUAUUCAUAUCACUCUAUCCAUCUUAGUCUGUCCCUAUCUAUCUAUCUAUCUAUCUAUCUAUCAGUUUAUUCAUAUCAUUCUAUCCAUGUUAGUCCGUCCCUAUCUCUCUAUCUUUCUAUAUAUGUUCUUAUCUAUCUAUUUAUCUAUCUAGCUAUCCAUCUAUCUAUCUCUGUCCGUUCAUAUCUAUCUAUCUAUCUAUCUAUCUCGGUUUAUUCAUAUCACUCUAUCCAUCUUAGUCUGUCCCUAUCUAUCUAUCUAUCUAUCUAUCUAUCUCUUGCGCUUUUAAUAUUUUUAGUCAUUUCUCUCACUCCUUCCCACUCUCUACAUCAAUUACUCUAUCCUCAUCUCUUUGCCUCUCAUUCUAUCUAUCUCUCUUCCUCUCUUGCGUUCCCUUGA